UCAUUUGGAAGGGAAUGAUACAAUCAAGUUGUUUCUUACCUCAGGGAACUUGGUAGUUGAAUGUUAUUUCUCACUAAAGACAGAUCUUUGGAUAUCAAAGAGAACCUUAUAAAACUGUUUACAUCAAGAGGACUUGCUCCCACUUUUAGAAUCAUGAAUAGUACUUAUUCUGGCGUCUUUCACUUCAAUUUAUCUAUGAGCUGUACAAAAGUGUUAUGGACAGUCUUCUUAGGGGGUGAUUUUCUGAUUUCUGGAGAUAUUCCAGUUAUGACUGGAGUACCCCUUGUCAGGAAGGUUGUAGAAGAGAUUGGUGCUUCAGGUAGCAGUUAUACACAAGAUAUUGCACCAAUAGAGCAGUGGUUUAUAAGUAUCUCACUACAAGAUGGAUUAACUACUUAUGCUACUGAAGGAACACUUUUGGAUCUUAUCAGAGUUAAAAAUGUGACAAAAGUAACAGUGUCAAACUCCAUUAGUGAGAGUAAACCUAUUCUUCAGUGGAACCUUGGGAAACCAAUAAAUAAUAGUCAAUUUAUUGAGAUGAUUCCACAUGUGAAAAAAAUUAAGAUAGCAAAAUGCCCCUGUGCUAAUGAUGUGGUAAUAAUUGGUAUCGUCUGUGAUGACACUCUUGAUGGUGUUUACCUAGGCUUGACUAUGUCUGGAUUUUGGGAUGACAAUGGUACUUCAUGGUACAAUUUGACAGAAAAUAUUUGCUCUGCAUUUAAAGAAGACUUCCUGGACUGUUUACUUGUAAAUGUUGUUUUAACAAAUCAUCAUUUAAUACUUCUCACCUCAUUGGGUCUUUUUGUAAGUGGUGAUCUUCGAUAUCCAAGAAAGACAUUAAUGUUUUCAAGAGCCAACUUUUGUGGUUUUGAAAGGGAAGAUUAUAAGCAAGCAAAACUGUGGUAUCAUGAAAGAUGUUUAGCUAACAGAGAACAAUUUGAAGAUGAAGUUAUUGCUAUCACUUUCAAUAAAAACAAGACUUUGAGCCAGGUAUCCACUUGUUUCUUUGGUAUAGAACCAUUUAUUAUUUGGAAGCCUUGCUUCCCCAAAUUUUCAAAAAAGACAAAAAUAAUCAGUCAGAAAAUUGUGUCAUUUCUUUUUGACCCUGAGCAAAAAACUGCAAUCUACCUUAUUAAGACCCAGGAUAGGAUUUCUGUUGUUGUAAGGACUUUGCAGAAGAGGUAUAUACCACACAUUAAAAUGAAAUUUCCAAGUUUCAACUUCCCUAAGAGUUUUUCUCUUGCUCUUGGAAUGGUAUUCCAUCCUAGGAGUCACUUUCUCUAUGUUUUUGGCACUCAGCUUACAGGGGAGAGAAAAUCCUUCAUGGGAGUAGAGAGGAGAGAGAGUUCUCAGUUGCUCAAAGGGGAGUGGAAAACAGGUGCACAGAUAUUUCAAAUGCCGCAUUUAGAAGUAUUCAUUGGACGUCCAACACUGAUGGAAAUAAAUUCUCGUGGCUAUUGGGAUGACACUGACAGUUAUACAAUUGAAAUUACUGCAGUCAAUAGAUACUUACGACAAGGAAUGACUUCAAUUUCAUUCGUAGUUUGGCAAGCAUCAAUAUUUUGCUAUAUGACGACAAUUAUAUUAACACUGAAGGGCAGCUGUAGUUGUAUCAAAACAAUGUAUCUUAUUCCUAAUCAGGAAAUUUCCAUGUCUGCUUGGGGAAAUGGAACAUAUAGAAAUAAACGUGGUUUCAAUAUGAUCAAAACCUUGCCGGAAAACUACAGGCCUCCAUCCCACUUGGGAAUAGCUAUCCCACUCACAAACAACUUUUAUAAUGCUGAUCCCAGCAAACCUAAGCCAAGAAAUUUAUUUCCUGAAUCAAAAGUAACUGGAAAGUACAAGAAGUGUUUCAACAAGUCCACUCGAGCAGAGUGUAAUUGCUCCACUACAGAGAAGUUGUCUUACAGUAUUGAUUUCUCAGACUGCAGGGAAAAGGUCCCCCGGUAUAAGUUUCCAGUUACCCAAUAUCCCAUCUCCUUGAACAUCCGCAGUGAAGAUUACAAAGAACUCAAGAUGGAGCCUCCAUUUUUGGUUACUGUAACUGAAGUGAAUCAAAAAAACUGGAAAAUCAAACAACAUAUGCCAGAAACUAUGAUGAAACUGAAGAAUUAUGUAGAAAGUAAGAUUUUUCUUCCUGUCUAUAAUCCAAAGGACCUCAACUUAAGCAUAACAGGUGCUGAACUCUUCCAUUUCAGAGUAGUGGUUAUCCCUGGAGUCACCUAUUGUAACUUUUAUGAUGAGUUUCAGAUUUAUGUAGAUGAUGUACCACUUCCAUUUCCAGGAAGAAUUCUUAUUGCCACUUCAACAGCUGUAGUACUGUGGGGAUUCAUUUUUGUAUCAUUUAUGUUGGAAGUGUAUAACAUCAGAGUGUGGAAGCCAUUUAAAAACAUGAUAUUGAGAAAGAAAAAGGUAUCAUUCUCAUUUAGGCCUGUUAGGGUAGCCAUGGAGAAAGUAACAGGAUGAGAGGAGUGGCUAAUAGACACAUUGGCACAGUU